AUGUCAAAAUAAUAGCAAUAGCAACUCUCGUAUAUAUGUAAAGAUUCAUAAAACUAAAAAACUCAAGGUUAAAAUUAUCGAAGAGUAUAUAUGAAUCAUCAUUUUAUUAGAUAAAUAACAAUCAAAACAAUUUUGAUGAUAAAAAUGCUUAAAAUCAAAAAAAAUAAAAUAAAUACAAUAGAAGAAACAAUUCAUAAGAAAAAUAAUAGAAUUAGUAGAAUCCUUCAUCUUAAUCUGUUAUAGGUAUUUAUUCAAUUAAUUUUAUUAAGUAAGAGCACAAAUUAAUUAACCAUUAAAUAAAAUUUAUGAUUCUUAGACAUUAAUUUCUGCAUUUCAAGAAUUACUUGAACCACCUAAAGAAAUUGAAGAAUUCUUAGAAAAAAUUCCACAUUUAUUUUCUAAAGCUUCUUAGAAACCUUUAAUUUCUUCUUAAAUAUCAUUCAGUCAUAUUGAUGAAGAUGAGCCACAAUGGAUGCAAUCUAAUGAUAAUUUUUAGAUCUUAGAUAUAGAAAAUGAAAUUGAAAAAAAAAGAAUAGAAUAUUAAAAAUAGCAUGGAACAUUUGAGAAAAAACAAGAAUUAAAAUCCAAAAAACAAAGUGAAUUUAUUUAAGAAGAAAUAUCAGAACUUUAAUUAGCUAAAGAGAAAUAUAGAUAAUUAAGAGAAUAAGAAGAAAAGUAAUUAUAAGUUGCCAAUGAAACAAAAGCAAAAUUAUAAGAAUUAUUUAGCUAUUCUGAAUUAGAACAAUCAAAAAGUGUGAAUCCCUCUAUUAAUUCAUAAAUAUUAUCAGUAGAAGAAGUUGAAAAAUAAGUAUUAGCUAAUAAUAAUAAUAAAUAAACAGAAAAAAUCCUAAUUGAAUAACCUUAAUUAAAGAUAGAGAAUUAUUUUAGUAAUUUCAAUAACAAUGAAACUGAUGACUUUUUUGAAUAAUUAGAAGAAAUGGGAAUUCAUAUACAAAGAAAAUAACAAGUACCUUUAUAACCUGUAGUCAAAAUCACAAGGGAGAAAAUUACAACCACUCCAUUUUCCCUAUAAGCUUAAUUACAUACAAGAUCUCCAUAAGAAUCUUUGUGGUAUUAUAUUGAUAAUUUUGGAAAAGUAAGAAUAUUUAUAAUAUGUAAUUUUAGAUAUAAGGAGGAUUUACAACAGAAAAUAUGGAUUAAUGGUUUUAACAUAAGUAUUUAAAAGCAAAGUUAAAUAUAUCUUGGGAAGUUCCUGGAAAGUGGAUUACAUUAGAAUAAUAUUUAAUAAAUUUAGAUUAGAUUGAAAAAAAACUAUUAGAUCCAAAAUGUGCUAUGGAUCCAUUAACAUUAAAAACAAAUAUAAAUAAUAUUAAUAAUAUUCAAUUAAAUAAUUUAUAGCAAUUGUAAUAAAUGAAUGCAUUUAAUAUAAAUAGCUUUCAAAAUUAAUAAAUGAAUACUUUUUAAUAUUAAUAAAUUAAUAAUAAUUAAUAUAAUCAAUAUCAAAAUUAAUAAAUGAAUAACUAAUAAAACAAUGUAAAUAAAAAAAAAAAAAAUAAUAAUAAUGGUAAAGUUUAACAAUAUAAUAAUAAAUAAGAUUAUCAAAAAUAUAAUUAGUCAUUAUAUUGA